CUGCCUCUCCGUGCUCACGUGAUGCAGCGGGAAGAUGGCGGCGCCCAGGGGCGGCGUGCGGGACUCUGAGGCAGGUUGGGCCUAGUGCCGUGUUCUGUCGGACUGCUCUCUGUUGCCGACAUGUCUCGGCUCAUCGUGAAGAACCUCCCCAACGGGAUGAAGGAAGAUCGCUUUCGGAAGCUGUUUGCAGCCUUUGGCACACUGACUGAUUGUUGCUUGAAGUUCACCAAGGAUGGCAAGUUCCGGAAAUUUGGCUUCAUUGGCUACAAGUCUGAAGAUGAAGCUCAAGCAGCACUGAGCCAUUUCAACAGAAGUUUCAUAGACACCUCCAGAGUCACUGUUGAGUUAUGCAAGUCUUUUGGUGACCCUUCAAAGCCCAAAGCAUGGAGUAAGCACUCUCAGAGAGUCCCUGCCUUGGAAGAACAGCCUGAGAAACCUGUGACAAUUGCAGCUCCUGCAAGCACAAAGAAAGAUAAAAAGAAGAAAAAUCCAUCAGAAAACUUUAAGGAGUUGGAAGAAGAUAAAACAUUCCAGGAAUUCUUGGUGGUUCACCAGAAACGGUCUCAGGUGGCUACUUGGGCUAAUGACACUUUGGUGGAGGAGCCCAAGAAGGAAAAAUCAAAGCCAGUGGCUGAUUAUCUGAACUUUGAUUCAGAUGAGUCUGAGGAUCUGAGUGAGGAGGAGAAGGAUGGGAGUGAAUCCCCUGAAGAUGAGGAGGAAACCAAAGCAAAGAAACAACAGGAGAAGAAGGCAGCUACAAGAGAAGACCUCUCAGAUAUGGAUUACCUGAAAUCUAAAGUAGUGAGGGAUUCCUCCUCCUACUCUUCAUCCAGUGCAGAGGAAGAAACAGAUAGUGAGGAAGUAGAAGAGGAAAGCAAGAAUGAGGAUUCAGGCAUUACAGAAAAUAUUGGCACCCACACAGAAAAAAGGAGGAAGUCAAAACCCCAAGAAGCAGAGCAAGAGACACCAGCAGAGGAGAAGAAAAGAUCCACACUAGAGAAGAACCAAGUCAGCUCAGCAGAAGCAAGCACACCACACACAGUGAAACUGUGUGGUGCCCCGUUGAAUAUCACUGAGCAAAAGAUUCGAGAAUUCUUCUCGCCUCUGAAGCCAGUGGCAAUCCGGAUAGGAAAAAAUGCUCAGGGGAAAAAUACAGGUUAUAUCUUUGUUGAUUUGAAGAGUGAGGCAGAAGUGCAAAGGGCCUUGAAGCGGAAAAAAGAAUACAUAGGUGGGCGAUACGUUGAAGUAUCCCGAUGUGAGAAUACCCCAAAAGAAACUGUUACAGCAAAAACUCAUGACCAGCCUUGGCAACGAAUGAAGAGGGAUGAUGAGGAAGAGGAAGACUUGUCUGAAUCGGGGAGACUCUUUGUCAGAAAUCUUCCUUUUACUAGCACUGAGGAGGACUUGGAGAAGAUCUUUUCCAAGUAUGGGCCCCUCUCAGAGAUCCAUUUCCCUAUCGACAGACUGACAAAGAAACCCAAAGGAUUUGCUUUUAUCACCUACAUGAUUCCUGAACAUGCAGUGAAGGCCUAUGCAGAAAUGGAUGGGCAGGUGUUCCAGGGUAGAAUGAUGCAUCUUUUACCCUCCAUAAUCAAAAAGGAAAAACUUGAAGAUACUGAUGCAGAAGAAUCUUCCUCCUACAAAAAACAGAAGGAGGCCAAGGACAAAGCCAGCAGUGCCAGCUCUCACAAUUGGAAUACGUUGUUCGUGGGGACAAAUGCUGUGGCUGAUGCUAUUGCUCAGAAAUACAAUGCUUCCAAAAGCCAAGUGCUGGAUCAUGAGAGUAGAGACAGCGUGGCAGUGAGGAUUGCUCUGGGAGAAACCGAGCUGGUCCAGGAGAUCCGACGGUUCCUCAUUGAAAAUGGAGUUAGCCUGGAUUCCUUCAGUCAGGCUGCUGGUGAGCGGAGUAAAACUGUGAUCCUGGUGAAGAACCUCCCAGCCACCACAAGCACAGCAGAGCUGGAGGCUGUCUUUGGCAAACACGGCAGCCUGGGCCGGGUGCUGCUCCCAGCCGGAGGCAUCACAGCCAUUGUGGAGUUUCUGGAGCCGACCGAGGCCAAGCAAGCAUUCACUAAGCUGGCCUACUCCAAGUUUCACUCUGUGCCAUUGUAUCUGGAAUGGGCUCCAAUGGGUGUCUUCUCCAGCCCAGCCCUUCAAAAAAACAUAGAAGCUCUGGAGAAGGAGGGAAAAGAAAGGCUGGUACCUGAUGGUGACACAACUGUAAAGGUUUCAGAGGAAACAUCAGCACAGGAUGAGGAAGAAGAUGAAGACGAAGAUGAGGAAGAGACUAUUCCAGGGUGUACCUUGUUCAUCAAGAACCUCAACUUUACCACCACUGAAGACACGCUGAAGGAGACGUUCUCCAAAGUGGGAGCUGUGAAGAGCUGCACAAUAUCCAAGAAGAAAACAAAGCAGGGCACUUUGCUUUCCAUGGGCUUCGGAUUUGUGGAGUACAAGAAGCCAGAGGGUGCUCAGAAAGCCUUGCGACAGCUCCAGGGCUGCAUUGUAGAUGGCCAUAAGCUGGAAGUCAAAAUCUCUGAGAGAGCUGUCAGGCCUGCUGUGAAGUCCUCCCGAAAGAAGCAGACGGUCAAGAAGCAGAAGACUUCCAAGAUCCUAGUCCGAAACAUCCCGUUCCAGGCCACCGUCAGGGAGAUCAGGGAGCUCUUCAGGUAGGAAAGCAUUCUCUUUCAGGUCUGGGCAAUGCCCUGCUCAGGAGCCAGCAGGGUUUUAAUGCAGGAUCUCGCUGUUGGAAUGUAAUGAUUGUAAUGAUGAAUUUUGACUUCUUUGUGGGAGCAAGUGAACUUCUAAGUAGAAAUGAUAUAACAGGUUUUUCUGCUAUAGAUAUGCUGUCUGUGAGACAGAUGACAUAUGCCAGAGUUUUAGCUCAAGUGCUCUGACCUGCCACAGCUGGGUGGCCCAUCACUCUGCAGUAGGCAUGCACGAAGGAUGGACAUCUCCCCCUAUCCAACAGAUGACACAGCCUUGGAUAUUUUUUUUCCCUCUUGUUUGUAAGGCUUGCGGCAGCAUUCCUGCUGCUUGGCACACCUGGCUGGGAGGAGCACCGAGAGUCACUGCAGACAGCUGGUGUGAGAGGUAUCAGCUCGGGCUGACUCCUUCCUCCAUCUGCCCUGCAUACACAAUGCUAUAGCUCCUUCCCAGCCUGCAGGGAGCACAUAAAUCUGGCUCUGCCUUUGCCGCACCUGGGUGUGUACCUCAUGUGCUUGAUGCUGUGCAUCCCUGUGGCUGCAGGGAUGUGAGGUAUGCAGCUUGUCAGAGUCCCUCCAGCAAAAAGUACCUCAAGCCCUACCUGAGCGAUGAGUAGGGAUUUCAGGAUCCCAGCCUGCAUUCUGCUAUGUACUGGCUGCUCUCUUCUCUUCGUAUCCUCAGCCCAGUUGUGCAUACAAGGAUACAGUAAGCCUUUAGUGUAUCCCAGAAAAGAGUUGCAGCUGUGUAAAGUGCAGCUUAUGCCAUCUGCUGAUUCCAGGGUAAGAAUCCAAGCGGCGGGCCCAGGCCAUGCCCCCUGCUGUGCUGCUGGCUUACUGGAGGAAUCUGGGAGAAUUGUUGUCCAGCUCCGUCCAUCCAUUUUGCGGUCAGCAAGAUCGAGGGCGACAGCACCCAUCCGCAGGAUGUGAACUCCUGAGUCAGAGGAAGCUUUACCGUGGAGUUGGUGUUUGUCUCAGCAGCAGGCAGUGGUUCUGCUGGGUCAGGGUUGUGCUGUUCCAUGGAACCACUUUAACCCUUUGAAAGUUAUCAGGCCAUGCACCAAGAACUGCCUUGCACAGAGCCACAAGGCUUUGCUGGGAGCAGGGGAAGCUCCUUUCCCUAUAUACCCCUCUAGGAGCUGUGAUGCUCUCCUGCCCUGACGGUGGUUAGAACAGUGGGACAAGGACAGUAGGUCCGUGCUGCUACAGCCUGUGUUCUUGUAGGGUAGAGGAAAGCCGUGGUGGUGACAAAAGCUGUAUUCUGCAAUGCUGUUUUGGAGUGGGGUCUUUGGUUUUAAGUGGGUGCACGCCAUGACUCAGCCCAGAUGUGUUCAGGAAAAGCAUGGUGUAAGGAUUCACGUAGAAGAGCAAAGGGAUUUUCGUGUUGUGCAGGUGUAGCCUGGAUGCUUUUGUUUCAGCGUUGCCCUGUGAGCCCCAGUGGAAACAAGGCCCAAAAAAGCCUGGGGCUUUCAGAGCAGCAUGCUGAGGGAGCAUGUUAAGUACUGCUCAUUCAGAACUCAGCCUGUGUGGUUGCAGCCAUGUCCCUCGUAGCACCAGAGCAAACAAAAGCCUGGAACCUAUUUGACUUUUUGGGUGCCGAGCUACGUUCAUGGCGCGGGGAGACUUGUGAACAUCAGGAGAACAGAUGAGUCCAGCAGAGAAUGAGGGCUUUGCUGUGUGUUUUAUUCUUCUCUUGCCUUGUCUGGGCACCUGGGACUGGGGAGAGGCGGGGCGGCUGUGAUUCACAGCGCAAGGAGCACAUGGCCUCCAGCAGCACGCUGCUGCCAGCGCUCUGGGGUGAUGCGCGAACAUCCAUUUUGUUUAUCUGGACUCUGUGGAGAGGGGAGUUUGGUCCUCAAAACAACAGCGGAUGGCCUGGGGGGGUCCAUAAUCCUCCCCACGCCCAGCCAGCCCUCCUGGCCUGCUGAGAGGCUGAAGCCGAGCACUGCCAUGUGCUUUGUGCUCUGAGAUGGCUCUUUGACGUCAGGUGCCUGUGCUCUGGAGCUUCUUGCGUUUCCGUGUUUAGGAACCCGUCUGAUUUUCUUGUUGAUUUG